CAAAAAGAAAAAAAGAAAAAACCCUAACCCCACCUUUACUCUGCGAUUUUGAAUUCUCCAUUUCCCGUUCGUUCGUCAAAGCUACCUCUGAACUGAAACUAAGAUUGCGGCAAAUUCUAGACUCAGCUGAACUCCGCCAUCUUAUUUCCGUUCAACAUGUCUUCUUUCGGUGCAGCAAAUACAAAUACAAAUCCAAACAAAUCCUAUGAGGUUUCACAACCACCCACCGAUUCUAUUUCCAGUCUUUCUUUCAGUCCUAAAGCCAAUUUCCUCGUCGCUACUUCCUGGGACAACCAGGUUCGGUGUUGGGAAAUAGCAAAGAAUGGCACUGUUGUUACCAGUACGCCCAAGGCUUCAAUUUCGCAUGAUCAACCUGUUUUGUGCUCAGCUUGGAAAGAUGAUGGAACGACAGUGUUUUCUGGAGGUUGUGAUAAGCAGGCUAAGAUGUGGCCGCUUUUGUCUGGAGGGCAACCGGUGACUGUUGCUAUGCAUGAUGCUCCCAUUAAAGAGAUUGCAUGGAUACCGGAGAUGAGUCUUUUAGCCACUGGAAGCUUGGACAAAACUGUAAAGUAUUGGGAUACUAGGCAAUCCAACCCAGUGCAUACUCAACAACUCCCUGAUCGAUGUUAUACAAUGUCAGUGAGACAUCCUCUGAUGGUUGUGGGAACUGCCGAUAGGAAUCUGAUUGUCUUCAACUUGCAGAAUCCUCAGACUGAGUACAAAAGGAUAGUAUCACCCCUGAAAUAUCAGACAAGAUGUGUUGCUGCUUUUCCAGAUCAGCAAGGUUUUUUGGUUGGCUCAAUAGAGGGAAGGGUUGGAGUACAUCACCUUGAUGAUGCACAACAAAGCAAGAAUUUUACUUUUAAAUGCCACAGAGAAAGUAACGAGAUAUAUUCGGUCAACUCCUUAAAUUUCCAUCCGGUACAUCACACUUUUGCAACUGCUGGAUCUGACGGUGCUUUUAAUUUCUGGGAUAAGGACAGUAAACAGAGACUCAAGGCAAUGCAAAGGUGUAGUCAGCCCAUACCUUGUGGUACAUUCAAUAAUGAUGGUUCCAUAUAUGCUUAUGCGGUUUGUUAUGAUUGGAGCAAAGGUGCGGAAAAUCACAAUCCAACUACAGCAAAGAACUACAUAUAUAUGCACUUACCACAGGAGUCUGAGGUUAAAGGUAAGCCGCGAGCUGGAUCAACAGGAAGAAGAUGAAGUUUAGUGUUAAGGUUUUCUGUGUUUUGGUGUUUUCAUAACAAGGGUUUGAAACUGGAAGUGACAGACCAAUUGUUUAAUGAUUUGGUGCUACAGCUAAAAUGAUUAGAUUCUAACUCAUUCUUUGGGUUUUAACCGAAAUUUUCAUAUGAUUUAGGGUUAGGCUGCUACUCUUCUUUAUCAUAUGUACAAAUUCAAAUGACGCAGAUAUCUUUUACAAUUCAUGUGGAUUGUGUAUGGGAUAUAAAUGGCAUUAUCGAUUCAACAAUA